CGAAAAAGCAAAAAAAAAAAACAGAGAAAGAGAAAUUAAUAACUAAUUAAAUAAAUUAAAAAUUAAAAACAGAGAGCGAAUAGCCAAGACGACAAGUGUUGAAUAAAGCCAUUUUUCUGUUCUUGUGUAUAGAUCUGAGAUUGUGAGAUACCGAUUUUAGGCUGUUUACCUUCAGCCAAACAAGUGAGAACAAGAACACCGCCAUAGUAGUGGAGCAGAAGCGUCCAGGAACAUGACUGAAAUGAAUUGAAGCAUAUGAGCUUAUUUUUCUGAUCUUAUCAAUCAAGAAGAGUUCAAGACACACUAGGCUCUAGCCAAUAUGAAAGUGGGAACCAACUCUUUCUUGCGGGGAAGACCACUUUCUCUCAUUUUGGCUAGCCUACUUGCUACAACUUUAUUACUUUGGUUAUGUGAAAAGAAUCCUUUCAGCACUACUUUAUCAGUGACCCAAGAGCUAUUUGCGAACCCCACUGUAGGGUUUGUUGAAGUAAGCCCUAACAGUUCCUUGAGUGUUACAAAGGCAAAUGAAAAUGUUGAAGAAAAGGAUAUUCAGAUUUCUAUAAUAGAAGAAAUGAAUGGCAACGAAGAAAUAUCAGUUGCUGGACCGGUCGGUUCUCCACCUGAAAUUUUGUCCGAAAUGCAGAAAAGCAAAAGGGGUAAUGGGGAAGAAGACAAGUCAAGUGCUGGAUUAGUUGGUUCUCCACCUGAAUUUAUCUCUGAAAUGCAAAAAAGCGAAGGAGAUGUGCCAUCUUUUUCAACAAAUAAAGUUUGCAACUUUGCCAAAGGUAGAUGGGUGGCAGAUAGUGAGCGGCCAUUAUAUUCUGGGUUUGAUUGUAAGCAGUGGCUAUCAGAAAUGUGGGCAUGUAGAUUGACUCAACGAAUUGAUUUCUCUUAUGAGAGAUAUCGAUGGCAACCGGAAAAUUGUGAAACAAUGAAAUUUGAGAGGUCUUCAUUCUUGAGAAGAAUGCAGGACAAAACAAUUGCUUUCAUUGGAGAUUCAUUGGGCCGACAGCAGUUCCAGUCUUUGAUGUGCAUGGUCAGUGGUGGGUUAUAUAGCCCGGAAGUUGAAAAUGUAGGAAAGCUGUAUGGUCUUGUAAAAGCCCGUGGAGCCAUUCGUCCUGAUGGUUGGGCUUAUCGAUUUCCAAAAACCAAUACGACCAUUCUCUAUUACUGGUCAGCAAGCCUGUCUGAUCUAGUUCCACUUAAUGCCUCAGACCGAGCCUCUGAUGUUGCCAUGCAUCUAGACCGUCCACCGGCUUUCUUGAGAAAGUACCUCCAUCGUUUUCAUGUAUUAAUUCUGAAUACCGGACAUCAUUGGAACAGGGGGAAGCUGAAUGGAAACCGGUGGGUGAUGUAUGUUGACGGAAAGCCUAAUGAAGACAGAAAACGUGCAGAAAUUGGGAAUGCCAAGAAUUUCACAGUUCAUAGUAUUGUCAGGUGGGUUGAUUCGCAACUUCCCUCUCAUCCCAACCUCAAAGCUUUCUUUAGGACUAUCUCACCUAGGCAUUUCUCUAAUGGUGAUUGGAACACGGGGGGAAGUUGUGAUAACACUAGUCCAUUGUCCGGUGGAAGUGAAGUGGUUCAAGAUGGAUCAAAGGAUCCAGUAGUUGAAGGUGCUGUAAAUGGUACAAAGGUAAAGAUUUUAGAUAUCACUGCCCUUUCGGAACUGAGGGAUGAGGGUCAUAUUUCCCGCUACAGCAUUAGAGGCACAACUGGCAUAAACGAUUGCUUGCAUUGGUGCCUACCUGGGAUUCCAGAUGCAUGGAACGAACUACUUUUUGCACAGAUAUAGGGCUCUGACACAUGGUUGUAGGUAAAAAAGAGAAGGGAAAUGCCAUUCUUUUUGUGAUAUAAAGGAAUCAAUCAUUUUGUUCCGAGAAAACCAACUCCUCACUGAUAUGAUCAUAGAAUAGGUACAGCAGCAAUCCUUUUAUUUAUUUUUUCCAUUUUUUAUUUGUGAAUUGAAUUCUUCAUAUGAGUUUACAUAUAGAUUUGUAUAAUCUGUCGUCAAAACAAGGAGUUUGCCAUAAGAAUGGAAGCGCGUCAAGAGCUGCAGGCACUAUGUUAUGUGCUGCUUUCAGUUUAAACUUACAUUCAAUGAACAAAAUUUCUUUCUCU